CAGUACACCUGUGCAAGACUGAAGGGGAGGACCCGCUACACCUGUGCAAGACUGAAGGGGAGGAGCCGGUACACCUGUGCAAGACUGAAGGGGAGGAGCCAGUACACCUGUGCAAGACUGAAGGGGAGGAGUCAGUACACCUGUGCAAGACUGGAGGGGAGGAGCCAGUACACCUGUGCAAGACUGAAGGGGAGAGACCAGUACACCUGUGCAAGACUGAAGGGGAGGAGCCAGUGCACCUGUGCAAGACUGGAGGGGAGGGACCGGUACACCUGUGAAAGACUGGAGGGGAGGAGCCGGUACACCUGUGCAAGACUGGAGGGGAGGAGCCGGUACACCUGUGCAAGACUGGGAGGGGAGGAGCCGGUACACCUGUGCAAGACUGGAGGGGAGGAGCCGGUACACCUGUGCAAGACUGAAGGGGAGAGACCAGUACACCUG